AUGAUAGUGCCAGUCCACGGCUUCACCGCCCUUCACUUAGCUGCCCAGGCUGGCGAGAAUCGGAUCGUCCGAAUUCUCGUUGAGGGAGGAAAUGCCAACAUUGAAGCGAAGGCAAGAAUUACCUGGCCUCACCUGUCUACGUCUCACGUAAUCAUAACGCCGUUGCACUAUGCCGCCAGUCGAGGUUUAUUAGAGACCUGUGAACUUCUCCUAGAUCUGGGUGCAGAUGUGAACUCGCAGCCAAAACGGAGAAAACCAGGCGGCGGAUGUGAAGAACAAUUUUCACCUCUUCAUCUCGCCUGCUACAGUGGGAAUGCGCAAGUGGUCUCAUUGCUCAUUGAAAGAGGUGCCAGUGUUACAUGCGUCACAAGAAGAACAUCAGUGACUUACAUGAAUUGUCUGGAUCUGGCGGUUUAUGCUAAUCAAACAGAGAAUGCGUUGGCUGUGAUCCGAUCGAAUAGAUGGAGGGAAGCAUUGAUGAACGAGACCAUUUUCCACGGAACGGCUGAAACGACAAUCAUGGCUAAACUGGUCAAGGUUAUGCCGGUUGUGGCAAGGGAAGUCUUGGAUAAUUGCUUAGAGUCAUCGCCAAAAGAACAACCACGCGAGCAAGGCAGAGAAGAACCGGGGCUGGAAACGACAUCAGACCACAAGCAAGACAAAGAGGCGUUUGACAAUUUAGAACAUUCAGGGAUGCCGGUGUUUGAUCGAUUAACACUCCAUCAAGUACCUGGUAGUAAUAGAAAAGAAAACGAGGAGGAAUUUGCAUUUAAUGACGAGUUCAUCUCCGAUGAGGAAUGGAGGAACGCGCUGAUCAAAGACCGAUAUGCGAGAAUAGUUUCAGGAAAAUUUACCAUAGAUCGAAUGCUUGUUGUCAGGAAAGGUGACUGUCUCAGACAAAUGAUCCGUCACAAUAGAGUGGAGCUUCUCUCCCACCCACUGGUCAGAGUCUUGCUGCUACUAAAAUGGAGGCGAUUCGGACGGGCGGCCUUUUUUAUGAAUCUGCUAUCGUAUGUGGUCUUCCUAUUCUUUGUAAACGGAUAUGUGCUCUCGACAGCGUUCAUGGCACCUCAUCAAUACAAAGACUUACACAUCCUCCAAGACCUCAACGGCACAGACUGUGAGAGGAUCAGGCAUCACACAGCAACAGUUGGCCCUGAGGCUCUUAUAUCAACAUUCGGCCAGGUUUGCAGGAUCGGCAUAUGGAUCCUAGGCAUUUCGCUGCUGCUUAAAGAGGUGAUUCAGAUCCCGUUCUCAGGGCUAGCUGGAUAUCUCAGUGGUAUUGAGAACUACAUCGAGUGGUUUGUAUAUCUAACAGCAAUCCUCCUUGUUGUAGAUUUUGAACAGUGCCAGACUGAAACAGGCUUACGAUUGGACUGGCAAUGGCAGCUUGGUGCACUCUCUGUGUUCUGGAGUUGGAUCAAUCUCCUCCUAUUCAUUAGGAGGCUACCCGUGUUCGGUCUCUAUGUCGUUAUGUUCACCACCAUCCUCCGAUCAUUCCUUCUCUUCCUACCCGUGCUUCUUCUCUUCAUUGUGGCCUUUGCCAUCUCCUUUCACUGUUUACUGGCAAAUCAGGUAUCAUUUCGCUAUGAGAUUACCUCUAUCAUAAAGACCUUCGUCAUGAUGGUCGGCGAGAUGGACUACGGUAAUAUGUUUGAUGACCGAGCAAGCGAACAACAAAGGGGAGUGAUGAUUUGGUACGAGGCCGUCACCUAUGUACAAUUUGCUCUCUUCCUUGUGGUUAUGGCGAUCCUAGUCAUGAAUCUAUUGGUUGGUUUAGCUGUCGAUGAUAUUCAGGAGGUGAUGAAACAAUCACAACAGCAGAUGUUAGCUUUACAGGCAAAGUUUCUCCUCGAUUGUGAACAAGUGAUUGAUGAAGUGCUUUUAUUCCUCAAAAGGCACUCUGGUGGUUUUCUCGCGAAGGAUGGCAGAGGCAAGGGAAUGGCCGAAGUUGGGCGGGGGGAUGAUUCGACGAAAUGCACUUAUCAGGACAUUGUGCAGAGGGGACCAAAACGCAACAGGAUCUGUCUAAGGAGGAUCACGGGGCCCAUGGCAAGGAUAGCACGGAAUUGGGUUAUGUCUGAGACCGCCAUAAUAGAGGAAUGGUACAAUUCACGACAGGCGACCCAUGGCAAAACAGACGAGGACAUGAGCAGGAUACCAGAACAGAUUGAAAGCUUGGCAAGGAAGCAUAAGGAGCUACAGGAAGGCUUGGUAACGGUCAAGGAAGAAUCCAAAAUAAGUGCUCGAGAUAUAAAGGAACAGAUGAAACGUGACAUGAAUGAAGUGAAAGAAAACAUAAACGCAGAGUUCAGCAAGAUGACAGGAGAAAUGAACAAGAUAUCUAAGAUGUUAGAAACAUUCUCAAAAACCUAAUUCUAUUUCAAUAGCAAUCAUUUCACAUGCAUUUUAUAUAAUUAUCUGGACGUACCUGAACUGUAUAAAUGAUUAUGGAGCAUGACUUAAAGAAGAUCGCUAAGAUGUUUAAAAAAAUUCUUGAAAACCUUUUAAAAAAUGUCAGAAUGUUUUUAAAGCAAAAAAAUUAGGAACAUGUCCAUCUCCCUCUCUUCAAAAACAAAAAGUUCGUCUACUGGAAUCAGAAUUCUUUCUGAAUAAACAAAAUAUCUAGAGAACCAAAAAAUAGAGUUUCAAACUAAAAAUAUUAUGUAUUUGGGGUAUGACCGCUACCUGGGGACCGAAUCGCGGCCCCUUGUGAUGCCCGGUUUGGCCACCAGGGGGCUUUUGGCAAAAACACAAAAAGUGCAAUAAGUCCGUAAUAAUGG